AUCCUUAGUAUUAAUAAAUUAAAAUAAUAUACAAAAAUGUCCUUUAAAGUCUCAGGUACAGAAUUGUUCGAUGCUCACUUUCUUAAACAAUUACAGAAAUUGAAAGUUGGUGGUAUUACUGCUGAUGAAAUUGAAGAACAAAGAAAAAAGAUUAGAUAUCCUGAAUACCUCGGUGCUUACAAGGUUGAAGAAGAAGGUAAAUAUAAUAAUUUCAAGAAUGUUGAUGGAGCUAAGAAUGAUAAGGGUCAUUUAGGUGAUCCAACUUUCAAGAAUCUUUUUCCUCAAGGUUCCAAAGUUAAGACUACUGACUUAUCACCUAACUUUGGUACUGAAAUUGAAGGUGUUCAACUUAGUGAAUUAUCUGAUGCUGGUAAAAAUGAUUUAGCUUUAUAUUUAGAAACCAGAGGUUUAGCAGUUUUCAGAGAUCAAGAUUUCAGAGAUAAGGGUCCUGAUUUUGCUAAGAAAUUCGGUGAAUAUUUUGGUCCUUUACACAUUCACCCUGUUAGUUUUGCUGCUGAAGAUCAUCCAGAAUUAUUGGUUACUUAUAGACCAGCCGGUGGUGAUGAAAGAUAUGAUAAUGAAUUUGCUAAUAGAACUGGUGCUUAUGGCUGGCAUUCAGAUAUUAGUUUUGAAGAGUAUCCUGCUUCUUUCAGUUUCUUCGUUGCCUUAGAAGCCCCACAAAGUGGUGGUGACACAGUCUUCAUUGAUCUUAGAGAAGCCUAUAGACGAUUAUCUCCAACACUUCAAAAAUUCUUCGAAACUUUAACUGUUAUUCACACUAAUUAUUAUCAAAAUCAAUUUGCUAAAUUAAAGAAUUACAUAGCCAGAGUUAAGGCUGAUUAUUUUACUGAGCAUCCAUUAGUAAGAACUCAUCCUGUAACUGGUGAAAAGGCUUUAUUCUUCUCAAGAGCUUUUACUCACAGUAUUAAGGGUCUUAAGAAUACAGAAUCUGAUGCAAUUCUUGGUUUUAUUGAACAACAUGUUACUGGUAACCCUGAAUUCCAAGUUAGAGCUGCUCACAAAGGAACUGAUGCUAGAUCAGUUAUUGCCUGGGAUAAUAGAUUCUUAUUGCACACUGCUACUGUUGAUUUCUUACAACAUAAGACUCCAGCUCGUCAUCAUUUUAGAAUUACUGUUCUUGGUGAAAGACCCUACUUCGAAAAAAUUGAAGAUAAGGAAAACCUUCAUUCAAAUGGUUCUGCUAAUGGAAAUUCAAAUGGUCAUUCUAAUGGUCAUUAAAUAUGCAUGUAAUUUUUAAAUGAUCAAAGACUAAGUACUGGUGACUCGUAAAUAUUUGAACUUUUACAUAGUAUUUCAGCG